AUGAGCGAUCCGAACCCAUACGUUAGCAAUGGAACGUGCUAUACUGCGCGAGGAGAGAGAUUGGACGGGAGCUUUGUCCCAUGCGGCAACGACGCCUUUGGUCAUCAGACGUGCUGUGGAGCAGGAGACAACUGUCUAGCUGACAACGCUUGCUUCGGGGUCCACGGCGAUGGUUAUGGUAGCUAUUUGACGUAUCUGGCUGGCUGCACCGAUCCAGACUACGAAGCUUCGACUUGUCCACAGAAGGAAAUAGAUCAGCCAUGGGUCGCCCUCACGCAUUGCGACGGCAGCAAUGGUGAAUGGGCCAUCUGCUCGCAGGAUGGAAACCCUUCGACUCUCCAGCCAGGGUCGUUCUGCAGCUGUACCAAUGCAGCGUCUGCCACCAUUGCAUUCAGCGAUUCACCUACCCUCACCAGUAUUGCCUCGCUACCGCAGGGCACCGGACAGAGCAUACAGUUCUUCGUCGGCCAUUUCCCUAGCUCUGACCUAACCUCUGGUUCGGCCGGCGCAUCUCAGAGCUCUGGCGUUACCGGCACCAGCGGUGGCGAUAGCUCUUCUGGUGCAUCUUCCACGGGAGCGCCUUCUACGAGCAGCUCCACCACGGUCAUUACAUCAAGCGGCGCGACAAUUACCGUAACCACCGCGGUUUCGACGACCACUCCAACCGGUACGGCAGGCGGAGCAAAUAGCGGUACCACUCAGUCAGGGCUCAGCUCUGGGGCCAAAGCGGGCAUCGGCGCCGGAGUGGGUGGCGGCGCAUUGAUUCUUCUCGGCAUUCUAUUAGCUUUCUUUCUGCGGCGCCGUAAGCGUCGCAGGUCCCCUCCACAGCCCUCGCAGCCAUCGGAGCCAAUGGUUGAGAGCACCGACUAUGACACCGCCGCAAAACCCGCCAAGCCGCGCCCGUCCGACGAACCGCCCAUGUCUACAACGUCAACUGUGCAUCCGGUAUUCGAUGCGAAUGGCGAGCUCGUACCCGAGGCUGACGGGCGACCCGCCUAUCCUUGGGCCCUGAGAAACGAGCUUGAGGGAAGCCAGCCGGUCAGGAAGCCAGAGCCCCCUCCCAUAGCGGAGCUCCCAGGCAGUGAGAGGUUCGCGGGCGAGCAGGGAGCGCCCAACACGCUAGCUCACGAAGCGAACGUCCAAAUCGGUCCUGGAUGGCAAGGGAACUCGCUGAUGGCGCUGAACAGCGGCGCAGGGAAAGAGUACAUGCAGUCUUCUAGCUAG